AUGUGCUUAUAUAUGACAAUACAAAAUUUUAAUCUUUACAUCAAACAGAAGCAACUCUUGAUUUCUUUCACAUUGUCUUCCUCGGCUCCAGCUAUUGAGAUGGCUUUCUUUGUUUCCUUGUCCUUAACCUUAAUAUUUAUUGUCAUAUUCUUAAUCCUCCUAUUCCUAGAUUAUUACUUUGCUGUUCGAUUUGUUGAGUUGGCACUGUACAAUAACAACAAUCGCCACACCAACUCCGUCCCACCCGAGCAGGACCGCCGUAGAGGGCUGAGGAGGAAGAAUAUUAUUUCGUCUGCAGGCAUUGUUUUUCAAUACAAAAAAAGUCGUCAUGAAGAAGAAAAAGACGAAGAUAGUGACAAUAACGAUUGUGUGAUAUGUUGGGAAAAGUUUGAAGAAGGAGAGCUGUGUAGGGUUCUGAAUGGAUGCAACCAUGUCUACCAUCAACCGUGCAUAGAUAAGUGGUUCUUCAACGACGUUCAUUGCCCGAUUUGUCGGUUGUCCGUGCGAGGUGGACAUACCAUUGAAGAUGAAGUGCUCGACCAAGUAUAA